CCCUGUCUACCAUCUACACUCUUACUGUGCCUUAUAUCUAUGCGGAUUUUACAUUUAACAACAUAUCCGCCCAAGGACUUUUUUAUUUAAGGGCGUGGUAGAUGGAUCUUUUCUAACCAUUUCCACAACAACGAAUCGUCGACAAAAUUUCAAUCGUUAGACCUAAAAUCCGUCUCACACGCACUUAUCGGUACUACAUACAUUGGUAACCUUACGUAGGCGCAAGAUGGAUCCUAACGAGAAUCCACCGCCGACCCUCCCGCCGCAGGAGCAGAUGCGUCAGAAGCGACUUGCGAAACUAGGUGGUCUUGGGGGUUCUCCAGCUUCGACCGACUCCAAACCCCAAGAAGCUUCCAAGUCCGGAUCUGUAGCCUCGAACUCAACGCCCGUCACGCCGUCCAAUCAGUCCCCGACGAACCAGGAGAAUACUCGACCUACUCCCCUACCCACCCGCCAAAGCAAUCCCGUCGUCCCGCAGAGUCAAACCGUCUCCUCGAACCCUUUCUCGCAAUUAGGCACUAAGAACAAGACAGAAAUUGUGAAGACAUCAAAUGGGGACUCAGCAACUCCUCCUUCGAAAAAGAUUCACAUCGGCAAGGAGGAAAGCUUAGAUGAUUGGACGAACCGAGUGUUGAGCGACAUGUUCCGUGUGACCCUAGACGAGACGAAGACGACGGAUAGCAGAGGCUUCAAGUCUACUUACUUACCAGAACUUAGAACUGAGUUAGAGCAGUCGGGUGAUCCUAUCAAACUAACUGUCGCAUCAGUAGAAUCAGCUCUAUUAGAAGCAGUCCAGCAUCUACCUACUACCAAGCCCAUUCUAGAUUAUCUACUGCCCUGCUGGAAGCGUGUUGUUAGGGCUACCAAACCUCCUAGACCUUUGCCUCCAGAGAAAGAAGCUGUGGUGAAUGAGGCGAAGCGAUUAUGCAUGAGUAAUUGCAUUUUCGCUCUGACUAUGCCAGAGUACUUCAGCCGUGAACCCAACCCAAACCAUGACACUCUAGUACCCUACCUCCUUCGUCACCAUGAUAACGAAGACGGUAUUUGCAUGGACUUCUUUGUCGAGGCGACGUCUCGCAUUUCAGAGGAUGAGACCGUUGCGUCCGUCUUCACCGAUGCUAUGGUUGCUAUGAGCACCAAGCUCGCCACGAUGACGAUGAACGACGACUACAAGCCUUAUAUCAAUUGUCUGGUUACUUUUUCAAAGUUUCCACCCCUUUUGAAUGCGCUUGUGCAACAUCCUCGCUUUAGAGCGACUGCCACCCCGGGCAUGACAAAAGAGCAAGUAGCUCUUUUAAGUGAGACUCAGACUAUCUUGGGGCCUUUCUUUCGCAUAUCGCCCUUACAGCCUGAAGUCACUAAGGUCUUCUUUGCUGGCGCACGGUCAAUCGCCCCAAAUCACAUCAAGUCGUCUCAGAGUGCGUUGCAGAUGACCCUCAAAGCUCAUCAGAGUGAUUUGGUAGGCAUCAUAAAUGCCUUUGUUAGGGCUAGCGCUGCAUCCCGAAAUGCCACACUUGACUGGUUUGCGUUUGCCUUGAAUACAAACCACAAGAGACGUGCUCUACAAGUCAAGGCCACGGAUGUAGCGUCAGAUGGUUUCAUGGUUAACUUGACUGCGAUCUUGGACCAUUUAUGCCAACCUUUCAUGGAUUCUACCUUCUCUAAGGUAGACAAGAUUGAUGUCGACUAUCUCCGACGUAGUCCUCGAGUUGAUAUGAGUGACGAGACGAAGCUCAAUGCAGAUCAAGCCACUGCAGAUGCUUUUUACAAAACACACGUCGCAGGAUCGUCAAACUUCAUCUCAGAGAUCUUCUUCCUAACUCUAGCGGCACACCAUUACGGACUUGGUGCAACUCAGUCUAAGCUUAAGGAUCUUGACAAGGACAUAAAAUAUGUCGAAGGCCUUAUUAAAAAGAUUGAGGCAGAGAUGCCAAAGCUGCAAAAUGAUCCGUUCCGUCUCCCCGCAGCCAGACAGCAUCAUGAGAACGCUGUCAACACAGUUGAGAAGUAUAUCGCAUUGAAACAUACGAUAGAGGGAGUUGUAUUGGAUGAGUCCAUGCAAACAUUAUCACUACAAUUCAUGCGAUACGUAUCUGUGUGGCUUCUCCGAGUUGCUAGCGCGGUAGACUACAGGCCAGCCGGGGGUAAGGAGAUAAGAUUGCCUCUCCCAGCAGACAAAUCGGAUGCUUUUAGUUGCCUCCCUGAGUACUCUAUACAGGAUGUGGUUGAGAACUUCAAGUUUAUAUUCCGAUUUAAGCCUCAGAUUCUCGUGUCAGCAACCGGCGAUGAGAUCAUCACGUUUUGCAUCACUUUCUUGAGAUCUUCGGAGUACAUCAAGAACCCAUACUUGAAAUCAUCGCUCGUCACUUUACUCUUCUCUGGUACGUGGCCAGUAUACCACUUAUCCAAGGGGAUCCUAGGCGAUAGCCUAUCGUCGUCGUCGUUCGCAAAUGAGCAUCUCUUACAUGCUCUCAUGAAAUUCUACAUUGAAUGCGAACAUAGUGGCGUCAGCUCUGCGUUUUAUGACCGAUUCAAUAUCCGCUACGAAAUAUUUCAGGUCAUCAAGUGCAUAUGGGACAACAGCGUCUAUCAAGAGCAGCUGAGUCGUGAAAGCAAGGUGAACCGGCAAUUCUUUGUGCAGUUCGUCAACCUGUUAUUGAACGAUGCGACAUAUCUUCUUGAUGAAGCGUUGACAAAAUUAGUCAAAAUUCACGAUUAUCAGAUCCAGCUACACCAGUCGCAGCAGACAGGUCUAUCUCCCGAAGACGUUGAGAAAAUAAGAACGGACCUAGAAUCGGCGGAGCAGCAGUGUCAAUCAUGGAUGCAGCUAGUCAACGAUACGAUGAGCAUGAUGAAGCUGUUUACGACAACAUUACGAGAUGCAUUUACCAUGCCCGAGAUAGUACAUCGGCUGGCAGGCAUGUUGAAUUACAACUUGGAAUCGCUCACCGGAGAUAAGCGAAGCAACCUCAAAGUAGAGGAUGCCAAGAAAUACCACUUCGACGCGAAGGCGCUUCUCUCGGACUUCGUCGACAUCUACAUCAACCUAAAGACGAAGCCUGCCUUCAUUGACGCCGUCGCAGCUGAUGGGCGCUCAUACAAGCCGAAGAACUUCCAAAAGACCUCUGUCCUAUUGAAGGAGAAAUUCUUCAAAUCUAAGGAAGUCGUCGACGACUGGGAUUCCUUAUGCGCACAGGUUGCCGAUGCGAAGAAACGUCUAGAUCAGGCCGAACUCGACUUAGGUGAAAUACCUGACGAGUUCGAGGACCCCUUGAUGGGUGAAUUGAUGACCGACCCCGUCAUUCUCCCAUCGCAAAACAUCGUCGACCGUUCGACGAUUGUCCAGCAACUACUUUCCAACCCGCUGGACCCCUUUACGCGUAACCCCAUGACCAUCAACGACGUAGUCCCGGCCGAUGACUUACGCAAUCGUAUCAAAGAGUGGAAGGCGGAACGCAUCGCCGCCGCCAAGGCCAAGGUGUCCGGCGGAGACGCGAUGGAUACGAGCGAGGAUUAAUGGAUAUUCCCCCAGACAUCUUGUAUCAUUAGCAUUUUUUAUCGCUGCAUAGCCCCAUUAUCAUUGGGGGGUGCAUGCAAUUCGGGUUCCUCGGAAAGUUUGAGGGCGUACCUGGCAUUACUAUGAGAAUCAUGGUGUGCGCAUGGCUUCGAGUCGCUUUUUUCUUUCAUCUUCAUAGGGCGAUACGGUAAAUUCAUUAGCAGGAAACAGGGUAGAUAAACAACCACGAAUUCAUACGAUUUGCUCUUUUCAAGGAGGCU